AUGAGCCUCACUUGCACGCACGUCACACCAGAAUGUCCCGUCACGGCGACAACAUAUGGCUACUAUCCCAACCUAGGCGGUAAUAUCUUUUUCGCCGUCUACUUUGGCCUACUCGGCACCCUCCAACUUGGUCUCGGCGUCUACUACCGCUCCUGGACCAUGUUGAUAGCGAUGGUAAUCGGCGGAUACAUGGAACUAGCAGGAUACAUCGGCCGAAUCUUAAUGAACCAUAAUCCCUGGGACCAAGGCGGCUUCAAACUGCAAAUUGUCUGUCUCGUGCUCGCCCCGACCUUCAUCGCCGCCGGUAUCUAUCUCACCCUGAAGCACGUCAUCCUCUCCUUGGGCCCAGAACACUCGCGUCUCAAGCCCCGGCUCUUUACCUGGAUCUUUAUCAGCUGUGAUGUCGGAUCGCUCAUUCUCCAGGCCGCAGGUGGUGGUGUUGCCGCUGCAGCGGGCAGCGAGAAUCAGAAUAUGCUGAAGGUGGGCGAUGAUAUCAUGGUGGCGGGUAUCGCCUUCCAGGUGGGCACGAUGUCGGUUUGUGGUCUGUUGGCGCUGGAUUUCUUUAUCCGCGUUGUGAGAAAGGGACCCGGUUUGGGCGGCGAGAAGUAUAUUGAUGAGAAUGGGAAUCUCACUGGGCCGAAGCACCUCAGGGUUGUUGUUUGGGCGGGCAUCGUGGCUUACUUUGCUACUUUGAUUCGGUGUAUUUAUCGUAUUCCCGAAAUGGCCGGUGGAUGGGGUAACCCGCUCAUGCAGAAGGAGAAUGAAUUCUUGGUUUUGGAUGGAAUGAUGAUGGCCAUCGCCGUGAGCUGCCUUACCUACCUUUACCCUGGAUUCUUCCUGCAAUCUAUCCGGAAGGGUAUGAAGAAGACUCCGAAGGCCUAG